AAAGAUAUAUUUUAAAUGUAUUUAAACCAUUUCCAUGUAGUUCUUAUGUAAUGAGUUUCAAGGUAUGAAAACAUAAAGAUAAUCAAUUAUCUUAUUUGAAUUCUACAGGAAUUAAGGUUGUUUACAUAAAGGUGUGGAAACUAUGGGAUAACAUUAAGCAAUUCAAUUACUUCCAAGGGCGAAACUGUCUUACAUCCUAAUGGUAGUGAUCAAAAAGUACUAAAAUGGGAACGGACAACGUUUCGAUGGACUCAAUUUUGGAUGCAGUCCAAGAAAUGAAAAGGCAACAGAAAACUGUAUGGCAACGUCUAAAUUCACUUACCUUAGUUGAGAAUUCCAAGCAAACGAUCAGACGACUGGAAAAUCUGGAAGAACAUGUACAAAACUUAGAGACACAGUGCGAUAACAAUUCUACCAAACUGACCGAUAUUAAUCUACUAGUUCAUUCUUUGUUAGAAGUAGUAAACAAAUUUGUUGUUGCGGUAGAAAAUCUUCAAGACAACAGAACUUCAGAAAAGACGAAAAAUCUAUUAGAUACAACAGAUAAAAGAAAUAAUAAAAAUAGAAAUCAUUCUACAACUACUUGUUUGACAAAUAUCAGUGUACCUGUAAGAAAAGAUUCGGACGAGACUGAAAAUAGUAGAAAUGCCAAAUUUGAUCAGCCUAUUUAUAAUAUGAAUUCAGAACACACAAUUAAACCCGACAUAUGUAAGACAAUGUGUCCAUACAAAACAGAUUUAUCAAUAGACGUUUACAACGUGUCAAUUUGUAAUGAUUUUUCGAGAAGAACGCAUAAAGAUGACAGUAAGUAUAUUACUGAUGCUGAAGAACAUCGAUGCACAUGUGAUGAUAAUGGUCAAUUUGCAUGUAAAGAAGAAGACAAUGUGCCAAACAAAGACAGAAGUAUCCAUACAACUCACACCGUACAGCUUUCAAAAAACAGCAUGAAUUGUACUAAGCCGAAUAAAAGGUGCACCAUCAAUAAAUUUGGAUAUAAAUGCAAAAGUUGGAAUAUACAAAAUGAUAAUCGUAUGAGCUUUCAUGGUACUUCGCCAAGAUUUGAAGGUAAUGACUUUCCAUCUUCUACUUUUCAAGUUCCAGUAGAAUGCUCACCAGUACCUAAUAUUAAGCAAACUGAGAAUUUUUCUCUCGAAACAAAACGCAGAUUCAUGUCACUGAAAAGCGAUUCAACUGUAAAAGACUGUGAAGAUGAAUGUGAAUUGAUUAAUUUACCACAAAUGAGUACUAGAUGUACAAAAAAUGACUUUGGAUACAAAACCACAAGAUCAGAUAUUCAAUAUGAUAACCGUGUGAGCUUUCAUGGUAGUUUAGCAUGUUUUGAAGGAUGUAUAAUUUCAUCUUCAACAAUUGAAGUUCCAGAAGAAUAUUCACCAGUACCCAAUAUAGAGCAACCUUUCAUUCAUCAUACCAAACCAAAUGUUGUACCGUCAGAAAGUUUUAGUCGACCUUGGAGUGAAACCGAUUUUCUUACGGACGCCGAAAGGAAUGGCAACGAUGACACGAAACAGCCUCGGACAAUAAGAGACUGGUUGGGACAUCUUCAGCAGGUUCUUGAAUACAGUAGAUGCAGACAAAUUGCAGGUAAAAGAAGACAAGGAAGAGGGCGCCACAUUACACUGGUUUUAGACAUUUCUGAACGGAUGAAAGGACGAAAAUUUGAAGCCAUGAAAACGGCUGCUGUUCAGUAUAUUGAAGGCACUAAGCAACAUGCAAUUGUUGGAUUAGGUGAUAAUAUCGGUCUUGCUGUUUUUGGUGGACAGAGUCAACUCAUUCAAGAGACAACUAAUGAUUACAGUUUGAUAUUGGAACAAAUAGCUCAACUACAACCACAAGGAAAUGCACCCAUUCUUGGAGGAUUGAUAAUGGGACUAGCUGGAGUUCUAUCAGGUCCACUGGAUCGAAUAGGGGAUAAUCCAUUGCAGGGACAUAUGAUAAUUUUCACGGAUGGAACCUCUGGGCGUGUUUUUCCAGAUUUUGAUACAGAUGUUGGUAUGAGCCGUCCCUUUGUAUUUGGAAAUUUCCGUGGCCGUCCAGAGACUCAUAGCGUCCUAGAGAUGAUAGGUAGCACCCAAACAAAAAUAUAUUAUGUUCCAGUUGGAGAUGACAUCAAUAAUCCUACUUUAGAAGAAGCAGUUAGGCAGACACAUGGUAAAGUUAUACAAACCAGUGAAAUGCAUCGUUUAAUCAGAAUGACUCAAGUAAUGGCUGUGGCAUCACAUAUUGCUUCAGAAAUAAGAAAUUUUCCAAGUAAACAGACAAGGGAUGUCAUUAAAAGGAAAAUCAGAGAGGCAUCAAGUCAGGACGAUCCACAUGAUGACUGUUUAGAUAUGGUUAUGGAUUUUAUUAAUCCUCUAAGUCAUGAAAACGAAAAAGGAAUGUUUUUGGAACUGAACCUAAGUACCUUGCAACUUGGCGAUAGGGUUCGUCGGGGACCUGAUUGGUCGUUUGGUGAUCAAGAUCGUAAUCUUCCUGGAACAGUCGUCGGUCUUAACGGAGGUGGUACAAUUUGGGUAGAAUGGGAUCAUGGCGAUAAAAAUGUAUAUGCGUAUGAUGAACAAAGACACCAUUAUAAAAUUAUGAAAGUGAAUGAACCCAGAAAACUUGUUGAUGGGAUUAUCGCCGUUGGUUGCAGAGUUGUUAGAGGACAAGAUUGGAAGUUUGACGAUACCGAUGGUGGACCAGGUAGUAUAGGAACUGUUUUAGAUGUAAGAAGAGAAGGCAAUGUUGUGGUAAGAUGGGACUGUAAACGAACAUGUCUGUAUAAGAUGGGAUGUAAAGGGCGAUUUGAAAUUCGUUUGCAAGGUGAUAACGCCCAAACUAGUCGACAAAACAGGAACCGAAUGCCAAGACGUCGGCAUGCAAGACGCCUAUCAAUGUCAGACGAGGAGGAAGAAUAUGUAUCAUCUACAAAACAUGCUAGCGACUACGUCAUUCCAAUAUAUUCAGAUUCAACAGUAAGCGCUAUUUGGGAGUAUAAAGACGGUUCAUAUUGGAAGGAGUAUCCUGAUGAUAUAAAUGUAAAAAUAGAAAGGGCUUACCAGAGAAAACAAAGGAAAACCAUUAUCGAAAUGGAUCGUACUACGUUUGAAGUACAUUUUUCUGAAAUGGAACAGGAAAACCCCAAAAACAAGACAAAAGUAACAGUAAGAAGAAGAGACUGAUGAUAGCUGAUGGAAAACUUUCAGUGUUAGCACUAGUCUUUUGGAUGAAGACAACCUAGAGGCAGUUAAUCUAUGAACCUGAAUGUUUAUCGUGUCUGUUCUCGUCCAUGCGUCUGUUUUUUGGGCAAACAAAAUAUACUAAC